AUUACGUAAUAAACUGACAAAUGACUAAAUAACAUUUAAAUGUAAAAAGAAGACAAUUAUUUGUAAAUUGGUAAGAUUCUAAAAAUUUUAGUUUAAUUUGUAGAAUGACUAAAGUAGUAAGUAACUAAUAUGGCUACGAUAGCGAACAUGAUGGAUGAUACUACAGCGCAUAGUUUUAAAAAUUCAAAAAAGCCGAAGUAUAUUUUACUUUUUAGUGGGAAACGAAAGUGUGGAAAAGAUUUCAUUACAGAUAUCUUGCAUACAAGGUGAUCAUGAAAGUGUAAUUAUAAAACUGUCCGGACCAAUAAAAACUUAUUGGUCAAAAAAUGCUGGUCUUGAUUUAAAUAAAUUAUUAGAUACCAGUGAAUAUAAGGAACAGUAUCGCUAUGAAAUGAUCAAAUGGAGUGAAUCUAUAAGAAAAAAAGAUAAUGGAUAUUUUUGUCGUGCUGCUAUUGACAUGUAUGAUGCAUAUGAUAAACCAAUCUGGAUAGUAAGCGAUACUCGUCGAAAAACAGAUAUUCAAUGGUUUAAAGAAAAUUAUAUAGAUCUUUGUAAAACAAUCCGUAUAAUUACUAAAGUAGAAAUAAGACAACAACGUGGAUGGAAAUUUAUAGCAGAUAUUGAUGAUGCAGAAACAGAAUGUGAUCUGGAUGAUUUUGAUAGCUGGGAUUUACAAGUUGAAAAUAAUGAUAAUGAUUUAGAAACUGUUUUACAACAAAUAUUAAAAUUAAUUAGUUAAUAGAUUAUAUAAAAUAUGUAUAAAAUUUAACAUGUUU